AUGCCCAAGAACGCAUUGGUCAUCUUGCGUUAUGGCCCAUACAGCGCAGUUGGCCUGUCUGUGGAGCACCGCACCUUCCGCCUGGAGGGCCUGCAAGCUGUGCUGGCUGAAGAUGGACACAAGGUAAUUCUAGAGAAGAUAGAAGACUGGGAUGUGGUAGAACUCAAGGUGAAUGAAGAUGUUGUCUUCCACUGUAACAUCAAAGACCUGGAGUUUGGAGGUGAUGGCAAACUAGACCCUCUGUGCCAAGAGGCCAGGUUAGCCGUACUAAAUGCCUACUGA